AUGGCAGCCAAAAAGGAAUUCAUUCUCAUCAUUAAUGACAAGCCCGGCGUGCUUGAGAAACGGAAGGAGAUUCGGCCUCAACAUCUUGCAGCUAUGAAGCCGCUCAUUGCAGCAGGAAAAGUUGUCGCCGGAGGGGCGCAAGUGAGCACUCACCCACCGGAGGGGCAGUUCCCCGAUGCCAAGGGCAGUGUGAUCAUUUAUGCAGUCGAAAACCUCGAGGAAGCCAAGGAGUUUGUCAAGAACGACCCUUAUACGGUGAACGGAGUAUGGGACAUUGACACUGCCAAUUUCAUCCCCUAUAUCUCUGCCGUCCGAGAGCCUUUGAAUUAG